AUGUCGCAACCACAGCCCAAGAAACCACAGUCGUUUCGUGGAAUCAAUCAUCUCAAACUCCCCUGCAAUGACAUCCUCGAAACAGGAAAAUUCUAUGAAACUAUUUUCCCCAUGACUCGCAUCAUGAAAUACAAUCACUACACCCCAAACCACAAACUCUUUGCAAUCAUGCUCACGCACGAGCCCACCAAGCUAAUCAUCGAGCUACGCUAUGUUCCCGAGCAAGCUAAAGCGCAGAAGGGCUGGGAUCCUAUCACAUGGGGUGUGGGCACCCGCGCCGACCUAGAGGAGUGGGGAUCGUGGCUGGAUGCGCAUGGAGUGAGAAGGAGUUGGGUGAUGGCUUGUGAGGACCCUGAUGGAAGGAUUGUGAGGUUGUAUGUGGAGGAUGAAGAUCAUGAGUGGACGGAUCAUCCUGAUCAAGAUGAAUACUGGCUUGGAACUAUUGCGGCGAAUCCAACGGCCCAGGAGUAA